AUGCGCACGGCUUCUGCACAGCAGGGUCACGGCGGAAUGCUGCCGUGCCGGUCGUCAUCGGUGGCGUCGGAAGAGGCAAUCAAAAAUGUUCUGAGGUUACAGCAUGAGACGGAGGAGGUGGCCAAAAGUUUUCCGAGGUUACUGCAGGAGGUGGAGGUGGCGGCCAAAAAUUUUCCGAGGUUACCGCAGGAGGCGGGCCUGCGACGGGUGUAA